AGGUUUCAGGUUUGAGGGCGUUGACAGAGAAGAUAGUGACGAUCAGCUCCAACCAAUCAGGUUGAUGUGUAUGAGGACAUGUGAUGGUUUAUUUUCAGGGUGAUGAUUGAUCCUUUCAUCAGUUCUGAUGGACAGAUCAUCGCUCUCAACCUGCAGCAGAGUCUCUACUUCCUGUGCAGAGGAAGUUCAGGGGGACAACAUGUAGAAAUAAAGAACAAGUGUGUAACGGAGGAGGAAAACAAGAACCCAGACAACUAGACCAGCAACCCGGACAAAGAGAAAAAAUGGCCUCAUCCAGCGAGGAGCCCAAAAGCUCCGACAUACAGAUCUUAAAAGCAGAAAAGAUGGCGACCCUUAAAAAGGCCCUCUUUAACUGUUUGGAGCAUUUGGGAUCUGAUGAUUUUGAAAAAUUCAAGUGGAACCUACAGCUGGAGGGGGGGCUUGACAGCUUUGAAGCAAUCCCAAAGAGUCGACUGGAGAAAGCAGACAGAAUGAAAACAGUGGAUCUGAUGGUCGAGAAAUACUGUGAAGACGCUGUUAAAGUGACCAGAAUGAUUUUGGAGGAGAUGAGUCAGAAUGAUCUAGUGAAACAUUUGUCCCACCUCUCAGAACCUAAAGAGAUUCUUGUUGAGGCAGAGGAGAGUGAUAGACCGGGUGAGAUGGAGAAAGAACAGACAGACUCAGAGAAGAAGAGAGAGGAUCCCCCACUGACCUCUGGUCCAAGUGGACCUCCAGAGAAUCAUCUCAAAUGUAAACACACAUUAAAAACCAAUCUGAAGAAAAGGUUUCAGAAAGUGUUAGAAGGACUUUCAAAAGCAGGAAAGAUCCCUCUGAAUCAGAUCUACACACCGCUCUACAUCACAGUGGGAGGGACUGCAGAGGUUAAUGAUGAACAUGAGAUCAGACAGAUUGAAACAGCAUCCUGGAAACCAGACAGACCAGAAACAACAAUCAGACAAGAAGACAUCUUUAAAGACCCAUCUGGAAUAGAUGAACAAAUCAGAACAGUGAUGACAAUGGGAGUGGCUGGCAUUGGGAAAACAGUGUUAACACAGAAGUUCACUCUGGACUGGGCUGAAGACAAAGCCAACCAGGACAUACACUUCACAUUUCCAUUCACUUUCAGAGAGCUGAAUGUGCUGAAAGACAAAAAGUACAGCUUGGUGGAACUUGUUCAUCACUUCUUUACUGAAACCAAAGAAGCAGGAAUCUGCAGGUUUGAAGAGUUCCAGGUUGUGUUCAUCUUUGAUGGUCUGGAUGAGUGUCGACUUCCUCUGGACUUCCACAACACUGAGAUCCUGAAUGAUGUUACAGAGUCCACCUCAGUGGAUGUGCUGCUAACAAACCUCAUCAGGGGGAAGCUGCUUCCCUCUGCUCGCCUCUGGAUAACCACACGACCUGCAGCAGCCAAUCAGAUCCCUCCUGAGUGUGUCGACAUGGUGACAGAGGUCAGAGGGUUCACUGACCCACAGAAGGAGGAGUACUUCAGGAAGAGAUUCAGAGAUGAGGAGCAGGCCAGCACCAUCAUCUCCCACAUCAAGACAUCACGAAGCCUCCACAUCAUGUGCCACAUCCCAGUCUUCUGCUGGAUCACUGCUACAGUUCUGCAGGCCAUGAAGAGAAAUAAGAUUGGAGAGCUGCCCAAGACCCUGACUCAGAUGUACCUCCGCUUCGUGGAGCUUCAAGCCAAACUGAAGAACAUCAAGUAUGAUGGAGGAGCUGGGACAGAUCCACACUGGAGUCCAGAGAACACGAAGAUGAUUGAGUCUCUGGGAAAACUGGCUUUUAAACAGCUGCAGAAAGGCAACCUGAUCUUCUAUGAAUCAGACCUGACAGAGUGUGGCAUCGAUAUCAAAGCAGCCGCAGUGUACUCAGGAGUGUUCACAGAGGUCUUUAAAGAGGAGGACUGUGGGCUAUUGCAGGUGUUCUGCUUCGUCCAUCUGAGCCUUCAGGAGUUUCUGGCUGCUCUUCAUGUCCAUCUGACAUUCAUCAAGUCUGGAGUCAGUCUGCUGGCAGAAAAAACAUCCUGGUGGUCUAAAAUAAUAAAAGACAAACCAAAACGUCUCUACCAGAAUGCUGUGGACGAGGCCUUAAAGAGUCCAAAUGGACACCUGGACUUGUUGCUCCGCUUCCUCCUGGGUCUUUCACGCCAGACCGAUCAGCCUCUCCUUCGAGGUCUGCUGACACAGACAGGAAGUAGCUCACAGGCCAAUCAGAAAACAGUCGAGUACAUCAAGAAGAAGAUCAGUGAGAAUGUGUCUGCAGAGAGAAGCAUCAAUCUGUUCCACUGUCUGAAUGAACUGAAUGAUCGUUCUCUAGUGGAGGAGAUCCAACAGUACCUGAGAUCAGGAAGUCUCUCCACAGAUAAACUGUCUCCUGCUCAGUGGUCAGCUCUGGUCUUCAUCUUACUGUCAUCAGAAAAAGAUCUGGACGUGUUUGACCUGAAGAAAUACUCUGCUUCAGAGAAGGCUCUUGUGAGGCUGCUGCCAGUGGUCAAAGCCUCCAACAAAGCUCUACUGACUGACUGUAACCUCUCAGAGAGAAGCUGUGCAGCUCUGUCCUCAGUUCUCAGCUCCCAGUCCUCUAGUCUGAGAGAUCUGGACCUGAGUAACAACAACCUGCAGGAUUCAGGAGUGAAGCAGCUUUCUGCUGGACUGGAGAGUCCACACUGUACACUGGAAACUCUCAGCCUGUCAGGAUGUCUGAUCACAGAGGAAGGCUGUACUUCUCUGGCCUCAGCUCUGCGCUCCAACCCCUCCCAUCUGAGAGAGCUGGACCUGAGCUACAAUCAUCCAGGAGACUCAGGAGAGAAGCUUCUGUCUGCUGGACUGGAGGAUCCACACUGGAGACUGGACACUCUCAGCCUGCAGCCUGCUGGACAACGAUGGUUGAAACCAGGUCUGAAGAAGUAUUUCUAUGAACUCAAACUGGAUCCAAACACAGUGAACAGAAAACUCAAACUGUCUGAUAACAACAGGAAGGUGACACGUGUGGAGGAGGAUCAGUCAUAUCCUGAUCAUCCAGACAGAUUUGAUGUCUACUAUCAGCUGCUGAGUAGAAAUGUUCUGACUGGUCGAUGUUACUGGGAGGUCGAGUGGAGAGGAAGAGUUUAUAUAUCAGUGAGUUACAGAAGAAUCAGAAGGAAAGGAAACAGAGAAGACUGUUUGUUUGGAAGGAACGAUCAGUCCUGGUGUCUGAGCUGCUCUGCUGGUGGUUACUCUGUCUGGCACAAUAAGAGAGAAACAUCCAUCUCCUCCUCCUCCUCCUCCUCCUCCUCCUCCUCCUCCUCCUCCUCUGUCUCUAACAGAGUAGCAGUGUAUGUGGACUGUCCUGCUGGCACUCUGUCCUUCUACAGAGUCUCCUCUGACUCACUGAUCCACCUCCACACCUUCAACACCACAUUCACUGAACCUCUGUAUGCUGGGUUUGGGUUCUGGUUCUUGUCUCUUGGUUCUGGUUCCUGGUUGUCUCUGUGUGGUCUGUAGGAAGGAGAGUCUCCUCCUGUCAGAGAAACGUUCUCAUGUUAUUUAGCACCAACCUGAUCUCUCACUGGUUGUAAAUAGAGUUUCUAAAGCCAACAUGGUUUCCCCAUGACUGACAGUUAGUUAGUCAGUCACAUAUAUCCACAUUUAAAAAGCUGUAAAACAGAAGCUGAUUUUCUCAGAGCAGAUAUCUCAGUCUGUUAGAGGACUGUUUGGAGGUUCGGAGGUCGUGGCUUUGAUCCUUAUGAGUCUCAGUCAAUGUUCAAGUCCAACACCCAAAGUGAAACUCAGAAGCUCUCAGAGAGAAAACCACCAGCGGCUCAAAGUUUACUGAAACGUCAAGUUGUGACCGAGCUUUUUAAACAUGUUGGAAGAGUUUAGCCACUAACUAUAACACACAUAAUGACAGUAAGUAUCUGCUGGCCUAGAGAGGAACUUUGGUCUUUCUCCUCUUAUUUGGUUGUUUGGCUUCUUGUUCAAUGACUUGUUUUUUUAAUCAUAUAGUGGAUUCAGAAACCAACAUGUUUUUAUGUGUGUCUCUGCUGGAUGUGCAUGUACAGCUGUCAAUCAACAUGAUGAUUCAUCCAUUCAUCCAUUCAUAGCUUUGUCUCUAAAAUGUCUGGAAAUAGUGAAAAUAGUGUGAAACGCUGGUUGUAAUUGGACAGAGUCGAAGGCAGCGUCUUUAAAUGUCUCAUUGUGUCUGAACUAAAGUCCAGAACAUCAAAUAAUCAGUUUAUUAUCAUGUCAGACAAAGAAAAGCUUCAAAAUGACUCAAAUGAUGAUGAAGUGCUGAUUUAGUGUUGAUGGAUAAUCAAUGAAUGGACUAAUAGUUGCAGCUCUGGCUGUAUGUGAACAGAAUAUUAGAGGACAAACAGCUGACAGUUUAGCGCCUUACUAAAUAUCCACAAUAAAAAGCUCAUUUACAGGAUAAUUCAUCUGUUUCUAAUCUUUUCAUGUUUCUUAUUUGCUGUUUUUGUGUUUUUACCAAGUAAAGUUGAUCAUUUGUAUGUUUGUGUUACUCAGGCAGAACUAAAUGUAACUGCUGUAUCACCUGUUAUGUCCAAUAAAAAAAGGCUGAUCAA